UUAGAUCAAAAACUACAUCAACUUUGUUUUCAGUUCUUACCUUUACACCCAAUUGCCCUUGCCUAUACCUUUUGUCAAUAUUUACUCAAUAAUCUCUUGAUCAAACCAUAUUUUUUUUAAGUAUAUUUCACAUCAAUACAAUAAAAUAUUGACUAGGUAGGUAGGGUACACACUUUAAGAACAUAAUACAAAACAAAACAAAAAAAAACUCAAAAAAACAAACAAGAAAACCUACAAAUUUGCAACCUUACCUUGCCACCUCGCUUUAACACUCGUUAUCUAUCUUGCAUUUGUAUCUACUAUCUUUUUAUCUAUACUGGUUGUAUCUCGAACAAACUAACACACACAUUUUUAUGUCAAAUAGAAGUUUUUUUUGUUGUUUUGUGUAUGUUUGUUUUAUCAAGCAUCCCCCAAAAUAGAAGCUUCUUAGAUUCAUUCAAAGGAGCUUGUCGCUAGAACAGUUCUCAAGUUGGGGUUUUUAAUUUUGAUAUCGAGCGAACUUUUUCCAACUCCAACCAGAUACAGUUCACACACAGAGAGUGUUAAAAAAUAUUUCAUACAUCCGCAAGAUAUUGUUCUGAUCGGCGCACAAUCGAACAGUACGCAUAUUUUUAGUUUACUUUUGACACAUCUCCAGUAGCUUUUGAAAAAAAAAACAGCAGGUCUACGCUAAAAGCAUUUCAAGGAGUCAGGCAAGUUGUAAGCAAUUACCACAACUGUCAUUGUCAUUGCACGAGCAUCUGAAUCUGUAGAUUCAGUUGUUUAGUUAGUACUCGCGAUCGCCACCAUUUCGAUUUUUCUUCUUUUUCUUCGCGAUCACACAACACAUUAUUAUUAUCAGUGUAUUUGUUAUUUGUUUACAAAUUUAAUUAUUAAUAUUUUUUGUAUUUGUUGUUAUUUUCAUUCUUGAAUUUAUAAAAAAUCAAGUUGUCGCCGGGCUGUAUUGCUAUAAUAUCGUUGUUGUUGUUGUUGAUAUCAUUUCUGUACUCUUUCGCAACGAUUUGAUCGUAUCAAACGACUUAUUAAGAAAAUGAUCGAGUUGUGUAGAAGACGUGCUUCAUUCUGAUUUAUAUUUUUUUUUUUUUUGUUCUGAUUAUUUAACGAAGACGAAAAACGAAAACAAAAAUAACGUGCAUUGAGAUUGAGUUGAUUGAUAGUUCUAAUGUUUUAUACCAAUUAAGUGUUUUUUUGUUUGAAUUGUGCUGAAUUAGCGCUGAAUAACAUUUCCCGCGCAUUUUCUUGCAUUUUUUAAAUUUUAUAUCCAUCAUGGAUAAUGUGAAAGUUUAUCAAGAUAACAGCCUUGAAGUGCAAUCCUUUGAAUUACCUCAAAAUUAUACACUUUUGAUAAGUAAAUUGGAGAAAUUAGCUUUAGGGCUGAAUUCAAAUUUGGAAAAUUUGACACAUCAAGGACACAAUAAUCAUCACGAAAUCUCUGCAAUCGAUAGAUUUUUUGAAAAUUCCAGUGAUGAAGAUUCUGGACCGGUUAGCAUAAGUUUGCAUCCACACGGAAUGACUGAAGCUGAAUAUAAUCGAGUUGUCAGUGACAUUUGGAUUGGUGUGAUUUUGACACUUUUAAUAGUGACUGUGAUAUUUUUCAUUUGUUCCUGCUUUUUAUAUCACAAAUUUCAACAAUGGAAAAAUUCUUACCGAACAAGUGACACUUUGAAUCCAGGAGAUGUCAUACGACGUUAUGACAUGGAUGUUGAAUCUCUACCAAGCUACACAAUUGUCUCAGGACUACCAUCCUAUGACGAUGCUUUGGAUGAAUUCCGAAAAGCAGGACUAAUUCUGAAACCUCCUAUUCCUGUUAUAAAAAUCUUUGACAGUGAUACAAAGGAUCCCCCAUCGAUUGGUGAAGAUGGCCUCCCCGAAUACUCUCCACCAGAAAACACGACAACAUGUGUGUGUGGAAAUGGUAGUCAAAUUAUUGAACUCAACCCCGAACAUUUGAAGAUAUUGAGCCAGAAACGUUUGUCAUUGCAAAUCUCAUUCAAUGGCUUGCCAAAUAAUAUCCGUCGCAAUAGUCGACCCAGAGUCGAUUUGUGUCAACAAGUCGGUAGAAAUAAUCUACUCAGAGCACAGAGAGAUAGAGAAUUGUUGACACCUGAAAUUCAUCGUUCAUCUUCGAUGACAUUAGAUGAUGAAAGAAAUAUGAUUGAACAUCGACUGAGGAAGUUGGAACAGCAUCGAGGGUCUAUAUCGUAGUUGAAAGAAAAGACGAUAUAUGCUAUAGUAAAAUAGUGUAGACUUUUUGUGUGUUAGAUUCCUGCCAGGAUUAUGAGUUAUUAUGUUUUUUUUUUUUUAAUUAGUAUUUACUUUAAUGUGAAGUCAAAAGAAGUGUCAGUAUUAGAAAAUGUACCUAGUUUUUAAGACGACAAAUUAUAUUUAAUAAUAAAUUUUGA